UAUACUGUCUACCGCCAAUUUCAAGUACGAUAAGCCCUCACCUUUCCCGCCAAAGCUUUUCAAGAAACCACCACCAUCAAAUCGAACCGAGCACACAACUCCACUGUCGAUCGUGUAGUUCCCCAAGCUAGGUAGCUCAAAAUGAGUUCGAAUAACCCCACUCGAAAAGUUCUGUGUAAUACUGCCAAAAUGGUCUAUGCAAAAGGGGGGAGGAAGCCUAAAUCCAAGCCCAACCGAACUUAUCGGCUUAAGAAGAAUGUGUACCGGAUUGGUGGCGUCCAAGUGGAAUUUCCAUUCCGACCAUACGGUUCGCAGCUGGAGUUCAUGGACAGAGUUAUAUCCACCCUUGAUCGAGCUCAGCGAGAGGGCCAUUGCCACGCGUUGCUGGAAUCUCCGACUGGAACCGGGAAGUCACUUUCACUUCUCUGCUCUAGUCUUGCUUGGCAGAAGAAUUUCAAGAUAAAGAAUCAGGAUGCUAAUUUCUGUCACACGAGGCCUGCUCCAGAGGCUGCCACGAAUCCUCUCGGUUUUGGCGGUGGAUUUAUUCCCGAAGUGCAGCCGUCAAUGUCUACAGAUACAGAGUCAUCUCUUCCAGGGCCAAACAACAAAAUUCGGAAGAAAAAAACAGCCCCGACCAUUUACUACUCCUCGAGGACACAUUCACAGAUAUCACAGGUGAUCCGUGAGUAUAGGAAAACUGCCUAUCGAGUGCCAAUGGCAGUGUUGGCGUCAAGGAAACAUCUAUGCACAAAUCCUCGUGUACGAGGGAAAGAUAAUUUAGAUGAAAAAUGCAAACUACUUUUGAAGGAUCAAGAUGCAGGAUGCAGUGAAUUUAAAAACGGAAACAAGGUUAAAUGUCAUCCAACUCUUCAGAAAGGAGGACGUCAUGAGGUUCAUGACAUUCAAGAUUUGGUGAAAACUGGAGAAGCUGUAAAAGGUUGUUCAUAUUAUGCAGCUCGCUCUAUGGCAUACAACGCACAGCUGGUGUUUUGCCCAUAUAGCUAUAUUAUCAAUCCAGUUAUACGAAGAGCAAUUGGUGUAGAUGUUAAGGAUGCGAUUGUGAUCUUUGAUGAAGCCCACAAUAUAGAGGAUAUUGCACGUCAUGGUGGUAGUGUCGAUAUUGAAGAGGAUACUUUAAAUAAAUUGCAGAUGGAGUUAGAGCAACUAUGUUUUAUUAAUUAUUUGGUUUACCAGCCUCUGUAUGAAAUGACACAGGAUCUCAAAAGUUGGAUUGACCGAAGGAAGACCACAUUGCAGGAGCGCGAGUUUCAGCAUUAUGUCACCUGUUGGACUGGCAAUCAUGCUCAAAGGGAGCUCCAAGAAGCUAAUAUAACUCAACAAUGCUUCCCCAUUUUACUCGAAUGUGCAACAAAGGCUACUAAAGCAGCUUCAUAUACGGUGUCAGAUGAUGCACAUUUGAGUGGUCUGUCAGUGUUAACACUGGAAGGAUUAUUCUCUUCUUUGACAUAUUUCUUCUCAAGAAAUGGUUGCCACAUGUCUGACUACCAGCUUGCAUUACAACGCUACACUAAAAGAGAUCCUGAAAAAGCUUGUGCUAAAUGGACGGUUACUUUAAGUUUGUGGUGCUUGAAUCCAGCUGUUGUAUUUAGAGACAUUGGUGAUCUUUCCUUAUCGGUUAUUUUGACAUCUGGGACCCUGUCACCGUUGAAUUCCUUUUCAUCUGAACUAGGAGUUCGGUUUGGAACUUCACUGGAAGCUCCUCACGUGAUUGAUGUGGAAUCUCAGGUGUGGCCAGCUAUUAUAUCAAUUGGUCCAGGAAACUAUCCGCUGAAUGCAAGUUAUAAAACAGCUGAUGGAUAUGCAUUCCAGGAUGCUCUAGGAAAAUCAUUAGAGGAGAUAUUUUUCAUCGCUCCUGGUGGCUGUCUUGUGUUCUUCCCCAGUUAUAAGCUGAUGGAGAAACUCCGAAAUCGUUGGUCUGAAACUGGUCAAUGGUCUCGACUGAAUGCAAGGAAGUCCCUUUUUGUUGAGCCAUGUGGAGGAGCUCAAGAAGAUUUUGAUUCCAUAUUGAAAGGUUAUUAUGAUACUAUACGUCUUGGUGAUAACUUUGCAGUUGGGAAGAAGGUCAAACCCGAUGAAUCGUAUGUUUUUGGCUGUGAAAAUCCCAAGGGUGCAGCACUCCUUGCAGUUUUUCGAGGAAAGGUUUCAGAAGGAAUAGACUUUUCUGAUGAUAAUGCUAGAGUGGUUAUAAUAGUUGGUAUUCCAUUUCCAGAUAUAAAUGGUAUUCAAGUUGCAUUGAAGAAAAAGUUCAAUGACAAAUAUAAAAUGUCCAAAAACCUUUUAAGUGGAAAUGAGUGGUAUUGUCAACAAGCCUUUCGAGCUCUAAAUCAAGCUGCAGGACGAUGUAUUCGACACAAAUUUGACUAUGGUGCCAUUGUGCUAUUAGAUGAGCGUUUCCAGGAAGAGAGGAACAGGACUUACAUUUCAAAGUGGCUAAGAAAAUCCAUUAAACAAUUUGAUAACUUUGAACAGUCUAUGGAGGAGCUGAAAUCCUUUUUCAGCCACAUUAAGGAGCGCAUUAGCAACAAGACAGAAAGUGAGUUGCCAAAAUCUGUGAAUGAGGAGCAUAUUACUUCUACCUGCCCAAGUAGUUGUAGAAGAACGAAGAUAGAGGAAUUUGACAAGUUUAAUUAUCGUGGGCAGAAGGGUCACCAAGAUGUGAAAAACUGUACAGUUGAUAUUUCUCAAGAAGAGUUUGUUACUGAUCCCAAAACCAAAAAUCACGAAUGUAACAGUGUGGACAGAAGCUCAGCAAUCAGUGGAAAUUUGACUAGCCCAAAAGAUACUAGUGAUGAAAUCCUUCUCACAGAAGAAGUUUAACAGUUUAAAUGUCACACAAGUGCCCAAGCUAAAUGAUACUGUUCCUGUUUUUCUGUCACCUGGCCUUCGAAGGACAAAAAGUUGCAUCUAUCUUGUGCACUUUGUAGAAACCCACUCGGUCGCCCAGAGAACCACUUAAACAUAACGUGCUCAUUUACUGUAUCAUCAAAAACACACUUAAUAUCGAUAUAUAAGGAAAGGUUUAAAGCUCAAACUGCCAAUUCGUCUGCAAGUAUACAGCUUAUUAUUACAGACAUCUUGUUUAUUAACCAGAGACUCCUAGUUAGGUCUUCGAAAAAUUCAGCAUGUGGUAUAUGGAGUGAGGAGGAUGGUUGUGUAUACAAUUAAGUCUUUUGCCCCUUCUGUUUCAGUGACAAUUGUAUUGGUGUACAGAUCAUGGCAACUAAUGCAUCAAAUAUACCGUUACUUUAUAAGGUGAUGUUUUUCGUGGGGUGUUUGGAGAUCCAAGACCUCAGCUCCAAGACCUCGGCUCCAAGACCUCAGCUCCAAGCUGCUACAGGAAAGGCUUGAUUAAACAAGGAAGUAUCAUCCGCUAGUAGCUCAACUAAGAAUAAGUAUGCCUGUCAUGGAACCCAUUUAAAAGUUUUCUUACUCCGCUAGCCCACUUACCUCAGGCGGCUGGAGGUCUACUAAAUUGAAAGUCAGAAGGAAAGGAACUUCAUGAAGUACUCGUCUAGAUGCAUUCUGCUUGGCUUAAUUUAACCACUGUCCUGGGCUGCUGACCAAGCUAAUAAGAUCGCCUGGAUGUUUACAUGAUGAUAUAAUGGGAGAUCUGGCAAUUUCUAUCGGUCAAACUCACCAUUCAAAGAAUGCAGCUAAGGUAGAAGAGUCGGUGUGCGUCUGGACGAAAAAAUCUCUUAAUCUAUGAUCAUUUGUACUAAUAUUGUAAAGUUAACUGCAUAUUUAUCUCGAUCUUUUGUUUCCGGGUUGUGAAUCCCUCUGUAUAGUUUCUGCAUGGUUGUUUUGUCAUGCUAUCAUGUUGUUAUAGCUAGGACAGCAUUGUAGAUUCCCUCUAUCAAUAAUGUUAACACAAUUUCCAUGCCUUAUCGAGAGUAUGAUUGUUGAUCUCAAACUGGAAAUUUUUUGAAUUUAGUGUUUUGGGUUUAGCUUCA